AGUGGCUCAAGUUUCAGUCUUCCAUUCACAAAUAGUGAAUAACGACUCUCUUUCUGCAACUCACUCUUCUCCAGAAAACUCAAAAAUGGCGAACUUUCCAAAAGCACUACUCUCUCUCCUAAUUUCUCUCUCUAUACUCUCCUUCUUCCCACUAACACUCUCCUCCCUCGUCCGAUCUCCCAAAUCAGCGUCCCAUUUUCUCGGAAAAUUCUCUCGCCGCCCAAAUCACACGGAUUCUCUCGGAGCUCCGAAUUACAGAUACGAGAUCCGUUACUUCGAACAGAAUCUCGACCACUUCAGCUUCUCGAACCUCCCCAAAUUCCGGCAGCGGUACCUUAUCAAUACCGAAAAUUGGUCGGGCCCCGAUAAGCUCGGCCCCAUCUUCUUCUACUGUGGCAAUGAAGGUGAUAUCGAAUGGUUCGCCGCUAAUUCCGGCUUUGUUUGGGAGAUUGCUCCUCCUUUCGGCGCCAUGGUUGUUUUCCCCGAGCAUAGGUACUAUGGAGAAUCAAUGCCGUACGGCAGUUGGAACGAGGCGUAUAAAAACGCGACAACCUUAGCACAUUUAACAACCGAACAAGCACUUGCUGAUUUUGCUGUAUUGAUCACGGAGCUCAAGCGGAAUUUGUCUGCUCAGGCUUGUCCUGUAGUGCUCUUCGGUGGAUCGUACGGUGGAAUGUUGGCAGCAUGGAUGAGGCUGAAAUAUCCCCAUAUUGCCAUUGGGGCGCUUGCUUCUUCAGCUCCCGUUCUUGAAUUUGAGGAUCUUGUUCCUUCCGAGAAUUUUUACGAUAUUGUUUCCAAUGAUUUUAAGCGCGAGAGUGUUAACUGCUUUAACACGAUAAAAGAUUCUUGGGAUGUGAUAGAAUUGGAGGGAGAAAAAAGUAACGGGCUUUCGUAUCUCAGCGAAACUUUCCGCUUUUGCAGGUAUUGUUUCGAGUGCUUCGAUUUGGAUGAUGACCCUCAGGGGACAAACGGGUGGAAUUGGCAGGCAUGCACUGAGAUGGUGAUGCCGACUUCUAGUAGCAAAAACACGAGUAUGUUUCCCGCGUACGAUUACGAUUACGCCUCCGAUGAAGAGUGGUGUUUGGAGAAUUACGGUGUUAAACCUAGGCCUACUUGGAUCACUACCGAAUUCGGUGGACAUGGAUUUAAGCAUGCAUUGAAAAACUUUGGAAGUAACAUUAUAUUCUCAAACGGGUUAUUGGAUCCAUGGAGCGGCGGCAGUGUUUUGGAGGAUAUAUCGGAAACUAUUGUCGCUCUCGUCACAGAAAAAGGGGCCCACCACUUAGAUCUGCGUGCUGCAACCGCAGAGGAUCCUGAUUGGCUGGUGGAGCAGAGAGCUGCUGAAGUAAAGUUGAUCCAAUCCUGGUUAGAUCAAUACCUCGACAAAAAGAGAAAAGUUUUCGACAUGUGAAAAAAAAAUAAAAAAAAAAUAAUCGACGAGGUAAACUUUUUAGGAAUCUCUACCGUAACAUUUUGCCAUAAAUCUUGUAAAUAACUACUAACUCGACGAGGUUUCAGUUUUUCCUCGAGUUCUGAAAUAUGGAUGUAUGGAAUAAUAUCGUUGUUUUCAUUACACACAACACAUGUUGGUGUGUUUGUGUGUGAGAAUUCAUGGUUUGGCUGUUCAUAUAAGUAACAUUUUCUGGUUAAUGUAUAUAUUUCUUCCUGAU